UGAAUGUGAGUUGUUGUGUCUCUUGUUGCGCCAAAACGUGUUGGAUUUGUGAGGAAAUUAGUUUUAGAUCUUUGGAAAAUUAAUUGUUUAGAAAAUGUGAAGCUGCUAUUGCUCUUUUGUAUAAUUAACCGAAAACUUAAACAAAGGAGAAAAUGUCCGUAAAAAGAGAACUUGAGCAUGAAGAAUCCAGUAAUGAUGAAUGCAUCGGUCCUAUGCUGUCAGAAGCGGCACCGGUGAAAAAGCGUAAAGUUUUAGAAUUUGAACACAUGUACUUAAAAAACAUGCCUGAUAAAGAAUCUUAUGAAAAAAGUUAUAUGCAUCGUGAUGUUAUUACCCAUAUUGCUUUAACAAAAACAGAUUUUCUAAUUACUGCGAGUUGUGAUGGCCAUUUGAAAUUUUGGAAGAAAACAGAUGAAGGUAUAGUAUUUGUUAAGCAUUUUCGUGCGCAUUUAGGAAAUAUUCAGUGCAUCAGUGUAAAUUCUUCUGGAACUUUAUUAUGUUCUAUAUCGAACGAUAAAUCCUUAAAAGUAUUUGAUGUUGUAAACUUUGAUAUGAUUAAUAUGAUAAAAUUAAAUUAUUGCCCCAGUUAUUGCGAAUGGGUUCAUGGCGCUGGAGAUGCGAUUGCCGCUCUUGCAGUUGCUAAGCAGGAUUCCAAGGAAAUUUAUGUAUAUGAUGGCAGAGAAGUAGGUGAACCCUUGCAUGCUUUUGAAAAGCUCCAUUCUUCAUCAAUUGCAGUUAUCAAAUUCAACCCUGUGUUUGAUGUCGUAAUAUCAUGUGACAAAAAUGGUAUUAUUGAAUAUUGGUCUACUCAAAAAAAAGACUUCAAAUUUCCAUCAUGUGUACAAUUUGACUCUAAACUUGAUACUGAUUUAUAUGAAUUGGUAAAACACAAAACUUACCCUACUGAUCUUGCAUUUUCCCCUAAAGGAGACCAGUUUGCUAUGAUAUGUAGUGAUCGAAAGAUUAGGAUUUUUCGCUUUUUGACUGGAAAAAUGAUUCGUGUGUAUGAUGAAAGCCUGCAACAUCUAUCGGAACUGCAACAAACAAAACAACAACUUCCCAAUAUGGAGUUUGGUCGCAGGAUGGCUAUUGAGAGGGACUUGGAGAAAACUGAAGCCUUUGAUACUGCUGGCAUAUCAUAUGAUGAAAGUGGUUAUUUUAUUAUGUAUCCUACUAUGUUAGGUAUUAAAGUAGUAAAUGUCUAUACAAAUCGUUGUGUUCGAGUGUUAGGAAAAAAUGAAAAUAUAAGACCUCUAAAAUUAGCUAUCUAUCAAGGUAUUCCAAAUAAACCAAAAGCAGCUAUCACUGUUGAAAUGCAAGCAUCUGAUAAUCCUACAUUAGAUGCUCGUUCAAGUGACCCAACAAUAUUUUGCACAGCUUUUAAGAAGAACCGGUUCUAUUUAUUUACAACACGGGAACCUGAUGAUACCAAAAGUAUUGAUGCUGAAAGGGACAUUUUUAAUGAAAAACCCUCAAAAGAAGAUAUAAUUGCAGCUACAGAAUCCUUGAGCCAGCAACAAGUGUACAAUAGCUGUGUUAUCCAUACAACUAUGGGAGAUAUACACUGUAAAUUAUUUCCUAAGGAAUGUCCCAAAAGUGUGGAAAAUUUUUGUGUGCAUAGUAAAAAUAAUUAUUAUAAUGGCCAUAUUUUUCAUCGUGUCAUCAAAGGUUUUAUGAUACAGACCGGUGAUCCAACAGGAACUGGAACUGGUGGAGAAUCCAUAUGGGGUGGUGAAUUUGAAGAUGAAUUUCAUCCUAGUCUAAAGCAUGACAGACCAUAUACUCUUAGUAUGGCUAAUGCUGGACCAAAUACUAACGGAUCCCAAUUUUUCAUAACUGUCAUUCCAACACCUUGGUUGGAUAACAAGCAUACUGUAUUUGGACGAGUAACCAAAGGCAUGGAAGUUUGUCAAAAUAUAAGUACUGUUAAAACAAAUCCUAAAACUGAUAAACCUUAUGAUGAUGUAAGGAUAAUAAAUAUAACACUAAAAUAACUAAAAAUAAUUUGUCUCCGAAAUUAUAACAAGUCAUGUAAAUCUUUUUUAUCAUGAUUCAUAGUUAAAAAUCAUUCAUAUUCAUUGUGGGAUCAUACAUUUAAACUACAAAUUUUUCUGUAUUCAUCUUUGAAAUUUUACUUCAAAUAAAUAAAAAUGCAUUUUAUUAAAAAGAUCAUAUGAGAUUGUUAUUUUUAUG